AUGCAGGGCCAAGAGAAAGCAGAGAAGCCUGCUGGGGUGAAAUAUCUUAGUCCCAGCUCAGGGGACAGAUCCAGGGCAGAGGAGAAGCGCCCAGGAGCCUGUAGCUCUGCAGUGAGAAGUCAUGAAGGGUCUUCAGGAUCCAGGGCAGAGGAGAAGCGCCCAGGAGCCUGUAGCUCUGCAGUGAGAAGUCUUGAAGGGUCUUCAGGAUCCAGGGCAGAGGAGAAGCGCCCAGGAGCCUGUAGCUCUGCAGUGAGAAGUCUUGAAGGGUCUUCAGGAUCCAGGGCAGAGGAGAAGCGCCCAGGAGCCUGUAGCUCUGCAGUGAGAAGUCUUGAAGGGUCUUCAGGAUCCAGGGCAGAGGAGAAGCGCCCAGGAGCCUGUAGCUCUGCAGUGAGAAGUCUUGAAGGGUCUUCAGGAUUCAGGGCAGAGGAGAAGCGCCCAGGAGCCUGUAACUCUGCAGUGAGAAGCCUUGAAGGGUCUCUAGGAUUUAGUGCAGAUAAGAAGCCCCCAGGAGCCUGUGGCUCUGCAGUGAGAAGCCUUGAAGGGUCUCUAGGAUUUAGUGCAGAUAAGAAGCCCCCAGGAGCCUGUGGCUCUGCAGUGAGAAGUCUUGAAGGGUCUCUAGGAUUUAGUGCAGAUAAGAAGCCCCCAGGAGCCUGUAGCUCUGCAGUGAGAAGCCUUGAAGGGUCUCUAGGAUUUAGUGCAGAUAAGAAGCCCCCAGGAGCCUGUGGCUCUGCAGUGAGAAAUCUUGAAAGGUCUUCAGGAUUCGGUGUGGAUAAGAAUCCCCCAGGAGCCUGUUGCUCUGCAGUGAGAAGUCUUGAAGGGUCUUCAGGAUUCGGUGUGGAUAAGAAGCCCCCAGGAUCCUGUGACUGUACACUGAGAAGCUGUCCUGAUAAGAAGGGUACUGUGGGUCUUGGAAACAACUCUACUGUAGAAAAAGCCAAGAGAAAAAGAAGUAAGAGUGAAUGAGAUGUUGUUUACUUUUGAUGUGAGAAGUG